AUGCAGGCUACUGUAGGCUUACUUGCCUUGGCAGCCUUGUUCUGCCUUGCCGACGCAGGCAGAAUCUCGGUGUCUAGAGGAAAGAAUGUCACGAAAAUUGAUGACUUGUGCGCAAGAAUGCACAAUAACACUGCUCUCGAAGGAUCCUCCCCACUGAUGAUGAUGCAGGCGACCGCCUACGAGUGUCAGAAGAAAUGCGUGGACAUCUUCCCAGAGUGCUCGGCAGGUAAAAAUUCGCUUUUGCACCACCGGAUGAGGGGAGCUGAGAAACGGGGAAGAUUGAUCACAAAGAAGUUUCAGUGGUCUACUACUACUUGCAUAAUGAGACGAAGAAACACUUCUGCUAUUUGUUCUCGGAGAACUCGGUUCAAGACAAGAUUGACCUUGUCGAGCAAAAGCCAGAGAACAAGAAGGAUAUUGUUCGAAUGUUGGAAUUGGUCGUUGACUGUCACCAGUUUGAUGCUCAUCCACCAUUGGAGGAGGACGGAUUGGCUUCGUCCACCGAUAAGGUUGACAGAAAGAAGAGAACAAGGAGACGAGGCUGUUCAAGGAGUCGGAGACUGGACUGAUUGGUCUCACUGCACUAUCAACGGGCACGAAGUGCGUUCCCAGGCCUGCGAGUACGGUAGAAAAAUCCAGCGUCGUGGUUGCCCAGCCCGCUCGGCCCCACAAAGAAUGCCAGCUCCACCAGCGCCACAGUUCCCACCACGUACUCCACAAUACCCAAGUGGUCAGCAGCAACAGCAACAACAAAGAGAGCAGCAGCUGAGAGAGCAACAACAACGUGAGCAACAGCAUCGUGAGCAUCAAGCUCGUCUUCAGCAACAACAGCAACAACAACAGCAGCAACAGCAGCCACCACAGCGCCCGCCACAGCAACCACAGUCGUUCUCUGGAUCCCACGAACUUCAACUUCAGCUCCAGAGACAGCAACAGCAACAGCAGCAACAACAACAACAGCGUCCUCAACCACAACCACAGCCACAGCCACAACCACCGCAAUCUGGACAAUCUCAAAUUCAACUCCAAACCGGACCAGCCCCACCACAACAACCCCAACAACCUCAACUCCCACCUCAGCAACAACCUCAACUCGAGCGUUCUCCACUCGACCAACACGCCCAACUCUACCAACAAAGAAUGUCGCAAUAUCGUGAGAACUACAACCAAAGACAUCCAGCUCGUCCAAAGGCCGAUCCAUGCCCAGGAGGAUAUUGUGCUCCAGUCCAACAGUCUCCAACUCCACCACCACCAGUUCUCGCUCCAGUCAUCAAUACCGCCACUCAGCCACCACUUCCACAACCCUACCCGACCAGAUACCGUCCAGCACCACCACCACCACCAGCAUGUGACGGACAAGGAUGUGUGAACCCACCAGUGACUUCUGGAGUUUGGCACGAUUGGUCCGACUGGUCAGCAUGCUCUUGCACUUGUGGAGAUGGAGCCAAGUCCAGACGACGUGAAUGCUCUACUAACAAUUGCCAAGGACCAGACUUCGAAACCGAGCCAUGCAACAUGGGACCAUGCCAGACUUGGUCAGAAUGGUGUGAGUGGUCGACCUGCUCUGCUAGCUGCGGAUCUGGACAACGAGAGAGAACUCGUUUCUGCCAUCUCGGAACCAACAGAUGUGAAGGAAAGGACUACGAAUCUGAGCAAUGCAGCGCUGGACCAUGCCCAGAAUGGUCGCAAUGGGAGGAUUGGGGACAGUGCUCUGCCACUUGCGGACAAGGUGUCGCUGUUCGUCAACGUACCUGCCUCGGAGGAGUUUUCGGUGACCAUCUCUGCCCAGGACCAAAGACUGAGCAACGCCCAUGCGACGGAGGACCAUGUUCUCUGUGGUCUCCAUGGCAGGAGUGGUCUACAUGCUCAGCUUCCUGCGGAUCUGGAUCCAAGAGAAGACAACGUGUCUGCCAAUACGGAACUGAUUGUCAAGGACCAAACGAGGAGAGCCAAUUCUGCUACGGACCUCCAUGUGCCGAAUGGACCGAGUGGUGUGAGUGGUCUGGUUGCUCUUCCAAGUGCGGACCAGGACAAAGAACUAGAACUCGUGGAUGCUUGGGACCAAACGGACAAGAGGCUACCACUUGCCAAGGACCAAGUAUUGAGACCACAUUGUGCGAGGGGCAAAACUGCUGCAACUGGUCGGAAUGGUGUCAUUGGUCAAUGUGCGAUAAGGAGUGCGGAGGAGGACAGUCUAUUCGUACCCGUACUUGCUUGAACGGAGCCGGAAGCCCAGACGCUGCUUGCCACUGCGACGGACCAGAUCGAGAGGAGAGAGAGUGCAACUCCCAAAGCUGCGCCCCACAAUGCGCUUGGAAUACCUGGUGUGAAUGGAGCCCAUGCUCUACUCAACUUGCCUGCGAGGUCGGAGUUCAGACAAGAAGCCGUCAAUGCGUCGGAGAAUCCGGAUGCCAUUGCAUCGGACUGGCAGAGGAGUCUCAACAAUGCCGCGGGUUGACCCCAUGCCCACCAAAGCCACCAUGUUAA